GGAAUCCAUUGCCCUGGAUUAACCGUAGCUUCGUCUGCUGCUGCCUCUGCUGUUGCACCCACACUUCCGCUCUGCGAGAGGCAAAAGGCACGCGUCCAGGCGACGGAGGCACUCACAGACACAAAGAAAGAUCGGUAUGUCGGAUGAGGAUUCGCGUGCCAGCAUAAGUUCUUCUUCCUCAACUCAUCAGCAGUUAGAAAAAAACGUGCCUAAGAAACGAGCAGAAAGCAAAGCCAGCAUGAGCAAGACCUCCAAACUCCUCUCCACCAGCGCCAAAAGAAUUCAGAAGGAGUUGGCUGACAUUACUUUGGAUCCGCCACCGAACUGCAGUGCGGGUCCAAAAGGAGACAACAUCUAUGAGUGGAGAUCCACUAUCCUGGGACCACCAGGCUCUGUGUACGAGGGAGGGGUCUUCUUCCUAGAUAUCGCCUUCACACCAGACUACCCCUUCAAACCACCCAAGGUGACGUUCCGUACCAGGAUCUACCACUGUAACAUCAACAGUCAGGGUGUGAUCUGUUUGGACAUUCUGAAGGACAACUGGAGCCCCGCCCUCACCAUCUCCAAGGUGCUCCUUUCCAUCUGCUCCCUGCUCACUGACUGCAACCCCGCUGACCCUCUGGUAGGAAGCAUCGCCACCCAAUACACAACCAACAGACCAGAGCAUGACAGGAUAGCCAAACAGUGGACCAAGAGAUACGCCACAUAGAUACACAGGACUGGGUCGUAUUCAUUAGGCACCAAAACUGAAGAAAAUGUACUGAAACAAGGAGGGACUACUUGGACUUGUCCAAUAACAAACGUUAAUUUGUUUCCCGUAGCAAAACCUUUUCUGUUGCAUGCCCUAACGACUACGACCCUGGGCAACAUGAGAGGGGGAGGUUGGUGGGUGUUGGAGAGCUCCUUCUGGGAUGACUCGGGGACUGUUAGUGUUGGGGUCAGGAGUGGGGAAAGGAGGGUAGAGAAUAGGGGAGGAUUUUUAUCUUGGAAUUUAAGUCUUAUCUCCUGAUAUUUUGUUGUUUAUUAUGGUCUUUAAGUUCCCCGGCCUGUAUAUUAUAAUUGCGAUUUUGGCAAUAAUGCUUUUCAAUGUGUUUUCCUUAACGUUCUAUAAAUUAUGAAUUUUUAGCUAAUUGUUAUUCGAAAUGAAAUUAUUUCUACAUUUUUUUGGCUGCUUGUAUAAAGGUGUCACACACAGCAUGGUUUCCUGGUAAAAUUCCAAAUCUCAUGUCAAUGUGAAUUUUUUACAGAUAUUAAAGUUACCGUUGGUGUAA